GUCAUUCAGUAAUUUGCAGAAUUGCAGGAAAAUGCAUAAAAUAUGUCAAAGUGAGUCCGUAAUUUCAGUUUGGAUCGUUGUGGAAAGCAGCACAUGUUCUGCGAGUGGAUCUGAUGAUUUUCAUCUGACCUUAUACUUCCACGAAGGAUUUUCGGAUCUGUGUCUUAUGGUUUCCAGCAGUGAGUCUGAACUGGUCUUGAAGUUCAGAAGCGCGUAAUAAAGCGAGAUGAAGCUUCGGAGACGCGGCUGAGAGGAUUUCAGCUUCGAUUAGGACGGUUAGGAUAGAUCAUUCAUUCAUUUGUAUCCACGUGAUGUUUCUAAAGAGAGACGUUUGUGUCGGGAUCACAGCAGACCCACCUAUAGGAACAGACUCUUCGGUGGUUUAUUGCCUCCUCCCUCCUCCCCGUUUGUCAAACUGCGCAGCAGUCUCCAGCGAGUGGAGCGCACGUUUGAGCCUCUUUUCACAAAUAAUCAAACGGGAGCGCGGGAAUAAGUACAGUUUGCGCCACUUUGCGCCGUUUCUCCAAACUUUUAAUGGGACCCGACGACCGAGGCCAGCCUGCUGCAUCUGUUUAACCCGGAGCCGCAACCAUGGACUGUUGCGCAUUUGGUUCGGUGCGCCUGUUGUUCCCUGGAUAUUUACGCAUCGCAGUGCUGUGCGUCGUGCAAUUAGGAGCGUUCGCGCAAAAUGCUCCAGAGUGUUACCCAGGAGGCCACCGGACUUUGCGUAAUCCACAUCGCAGUGUCGACUUCGACUCCACAGAGAUCCAGAACAAGGCCAUCCAGGACCUGAUCUGUGACCACUCCCUGUUGCCGGGCUGGUACAGAUUCAGGAUCAACAACAAACCAGCAGAGAUGCCGACCACCUGCGUUGAGAUGAAUCGCUGUGGUACACAGGCUCCAGUGUGGCUGUCCCUGAAGGACGCCUCCCUGCCGCGGCCCGGCGAGGUCCGCCAGCUCUCUGCCUGCGCCACCUGGCAGUUCUUCCACGGUAGCGCCAAGGACUGCUGCCUCUUCCGCAUCCCCAUCAUGGUGCGGAACUGCGGCGAGUUCCUGCUGUACCAUCUGCAGCCCACACAGGGGUGCAUGGGAUACUGUGCUAAAGUUUCUUCAGAUGUGGGACCCAUACUCUGCCCACCAGGUGAGGUAGAGGUCAACGGCCGAUGCAAAGCUGCCCUUCCGUCCCUGCCGUCCCGGCCGGCGAUCCCGGAGCUCAUCGGCCACAGCGUCCACCUGAGGUGCUCCUUCAUCCCGCCGCCGUGGAGCCAGACACUGGGCUUCCAGGUGGUUUGGGCCAGACACAUCGGCCACAGCAUGAAGGUUGAGAUCAGGCAGGAAUCCACACUGAAACCCUUCUCUGUGGUGGAGAUGGAUGGCGUUCACUUCAGGCUCGGAGAAACGUUCUCCUGCAGUGUGUCAACUUUCAGAGCCAACUCCAGCCACAGCAGAUCUACUCCAAAAGAAAGUGAGGGUUUCUACGCUGGACUGAAGUUUUCUCCAGACUUGCUCCACAUAGCAGAGAACAGUAAGGAGCACGAGGUGGCCGUCCACAGCACAGUGCCCAUCCCCUGCUACGGCCCCGACCACGGUCACCAGUGUGGAGUCCCUCUGGCUCUGAGCGUCCACGACCCAGAUAGUCUCGGACACGAGGCUGCAAAUGUGGCGCUGUCCGCCUGCCAGGUGGAGCUCCAGCCUAACGCCUGCAGUGACGGCAGCUGCGGCCGGGCAACUUUUGUUAUCACUGCUGUCACUGAUUUCACACGAGAUGGGAACCGGCCAAGUCUGAUCGGUGUUUUGCCAGGACCCAGCGCACCACGACUCUGGAGAAGUUACGUCCCAACAUCCCUGAAAGUCACAGUCCAGGACGUUCCUACUUCCAUCUGCUACUCUCUGACUGACCCACAUGUCAUUACCCUGGAUGGCAGACAUUAUGAAAACCACCAGACUGGCACCUUUGUCCUUUACCGGAGCCUCGUCAGGGAGUUUGAGGUCCACUCUCGCCAGUGGGACUGUGGCAGCCGACACUACGCUGUCGCCUGCAACUGCGGCGUUGCGGCGCGAGAGGGGGACGAGAUUGCUGUCUUUGACAUGUGCAAUGGCCAGCCACAGGAAACCAGGCCACAGCUUACCCUGAAGAACCUAGGUGACAGGGAGGGCAGUCGAGUCAGAGUGCUGGAGUCCCACCAGGGGAAGAAGGUCACCUUGAUCUUUCCCUCCGGGGCCUUUGUUAGGGCCGAUGUUGGGGAUUGGGGGAUGAGCCUGUCCGUCCGGGUGCCCAGCGUGGACUACAGCAACACACAAGGCCUCUGUGGCACCUUCGACCGCAAUGGCAACAACGACUUCCACGGCUCUGAUGGUGGCUCCUAUGGCCCCGAUGAGCUGCAUCGCUUCAUAGAGGACUGGAGAAUAGCUCCCGGUGAGAGUUUAUUUGACAAGACACCACUUGGGACGACGCAGGAGGUCAGGAGGCCUUUCUGUCAGUGCCAAAAAGGAUACAGCACUUCUCAUCACGCUAGCAGAGAGAUGAGGAACUUGUACAAUCCUUCCGCCCACUCCGACUGCAUAGCAUACGAUAAUGUGGAUUACACAUCUGUGUUCCCCUCUAUGGACACAACAGUGGAAUACAUCAAGAGUCCAGAAAGAGAGGAAAGCAACUUGGAUAUGUCUGCCUUUAACAGUCAUCCGAAGAAGAGGCACCUUUGGUUUCACAGCGAGAAUAAUGAAAACAGUGACGGUGAUCUUCAACUGGACAGUGAGUUCAGGGAAGAUCUUCUGCUUUCCGUUGACAGACCACGGAGACAGGCAUCAUUUGAAUUCCAGCCUGUCUUCACUGCUCAGAGCCUCAGCCAGGCCGAUCUAGAGAACUUUGCCUACUUCUUCCCUGAGGAUCACUUGGCAGAAGCCCGACCGGAGUUGCAACCUCAGUGGCCCACGCCAAGCGGCCUGACCUCGGCCAAAGCUCUGGAGGUGUGCCAGAUAGCUCUGGCCAACUCCACUGUUGGUACAGUGUGCCGGGGGCUGCUGGGACGCCGCCUGGAUGAGGCAGUGGAUCUCUGUAUUCUGGAUCUGCAGCUCAAAGACGACCUGGGCUGGGAGGAGGCAUUGCUGCCAUACCUGGAGAAUGAGUGUGAGAGGAGGCUGUUGGAAAACCGGACCCAGAGAGCCUUGGAGGUGGCUGGUCAACCAGGAGCGUUCAGGGAGGUGGUGACAGCACUGCGCUGCCCCAACUUUUGCAACGGAAAUGGAGAGUGUACAGAGUGGGGCUGCCAGUGCUAUCAAAGCCACAGCUUUUACGACUGCAGCCUUGCCAUCAGCCAGCCAGUAGAGUUAACAGAUUUGGAGAACGGUGGACUGUGUGACAUCCGAGCUUUCAACUGUCGCAACAUUCGAGUCUUUGGCCUAGGCUUCAUCGACUCCCCCGACCUCAGCUGCCAUGCCACCAGACUGAAGUACAUGAAUGGAGUUUGGGUUCCAGGGGAAAAACAGAGAACAAAAGCCACCUUCCUCAGUUCGAAGGCUUUAGACUGUGCUGUACCAUCUCUGAGCAACACAGCCGUCAAUACAGAAGACUUCAUGAUGGAUGACAAACCAUACGCACGCUGGGAGAUUAAAGUAACCAAUGAUGCCUCCCAGUACAGCCAGGCCAAGGUGCUGACAAUCUACGAUGGCGUUUGCCAGGUCUGCGAGGCAUCGCGCUCAGGACUUUGUAAGUUAAAGGAGAGGACAUGUAACAUCGACGGGAUGUGUUUCACAGCGGGAGACUCCAAUCCCAGCAGCCCUUGCCUCCUCUGUGACCCGGACGCCUCCAAAUUCACCUGGUCCGUGAACCAAGUCAACGAGCCGCCGGCCUUCCACCAACCUCAAAGCGACCUGCGGACAUUUGCCGGGGAGAACUUCGUCUUCCAGUUCGCGGCAUCAGACCCCGAGGGCUCGGCACUCCUCUUCCAGCUGGAGGAGGGGCCAAAGGGGGCUGUCCUCUCCCCCGCUGGCCUCCUUAUCUGGAGGGUUCCUGAGGAGGAGGGACGUCAAUCGAGCCACUCCUUACGCGUCACGCUGUCAGACGAGUGCAACGCCCAGAGCACCUUCAUCGUGGAGAUUGAUGUGGUGCCGUGUGGGUGUCAGAAUGGAGGUACAUGUGUGACGGACGUCAAUUUCCCUGCUGGCAGUGGGAAGUAUCUGUGUGUAUGUCCUGAGGAUAAGCAGGGUGACCUCUGCAACGAGGAUGUAGAUGAAUGUUUGUCAGCCCCAUGCACAGUCGGCAAGUGCAUAAACACAGCCAGUGGCUACAGAUGCGAGUGUCCUAAAGGGCUGAGAGGUGUAACAUGCUUGGAAGAUAUCAAUGAGUGUGAAAGGAAGCCUUGUUUCCCAGGAGUCCAGUGCUUCAACAGCUUUGGCUCCUAUGGCUGUGGCCCAUGCCCCAAAGGCAUGCUGGGAAAUGGAACGACUUGUACAGUUGUCAGGCCAGUCCCCAUCUCUCCCACAUCUGCUCCUCGUACAACUGUCUACAAGAUACCAGAUGUUCUGCUGCAACCACCCAAAAUAAAGACAGACACUUUCCGGAAGACCUCAAGUAGUAGCUCCCCGCAGACGAGGGCUGAGGCGGGAAAGAUAAUUCCAAGGGUUGCCCCAAACCGAUCACAAACUAAGACCACCACUUGGAGACGGAUUCCAGGAACAAGCCAGAACCCAGCGCUCACUCAGGCAGAAACUAACGAGAGCAUCGCAGCAAUCACACCAGUCGAGUCCCAAACAAAGACUCAUGCUUUGAGAAAAACUCAAGGACUUAACCUUAACCCAUCCACGACCAACACUGACACGUUCAAGAACGUCUCAGGAAUUACGCCAGACCAAGUCAAGCCUGAUCAGCCCCAAAUCAGCAGCACUAUUGCCAAGACAUCCACUGUAGCCAAACCAUCAGGAAGUGGCAGACCAGCUUCAGGAUCUGCUCAGUCUCUGGCUGUGAAUGUGUCGGCUACGUGUGCCAGCAGGCCCUGCUUCCCCGGGGUUCAAUGCAUCAACCGCAGGCCGCCACAUGUCGGCUAUGUCUGCGGCCGCUGCCCGCCCGGCCUUUAUGGCAACGGACGCAUCUGCAUGAAGAACGCCAAGGCAGCAUCCAAUCACCUUCCUCAGCAGACGGUAGGAAAGACCAGCCGUUCCCCUCACGGAAGCAGCAGCAAAGUCUCCCAGCUCCACGUGCCCAACCUGCCCGCCAGGCACGGUAUCAAACACCUGUCCUUGUCUGUCACCAGAGCAAACCGAGAUAAUGCACAACGCCAGGUUCCCCCUUCAGGGAGGGGAGGCGGGACGGGGAGGAGAGAGGCGGUCACUGUUGCUGCAAGAGAUGUUCCCAGAACAUCAAUCAGCUCCCUCCAUGUCACUCACAUCACCCGCCAGAGGGCCAACCUCAGAUCUGAUGCCAGGACAUAUGCCAGAUCUAGCAUGACUAUCUCCAGGGAUUUUACGGUUCCCCAUGUCACGGUCUCCAAGCAGUCUGAAGGAGCACUGACUGGUGCCAUACCUUCCAAGGUAACACUGUCCGCUCCACACCUAUCCACUGAGUCUGGCAAAGUGAUGCAGUCCAAACAGACAACCCAGCCCCAGCUCAAACACCUGGCGUCCACCCAGGCCAAACCCUGGACCCCUGCAAGACCCGCUCUCCCACUUACAGCGGCCCUAACUGCUCUGUCCUACUCGCUGUCUGAGUCAGAGUUCUCUGCAGACGGAGAUGAGGCUGAGCCUGGAUCUGAAGGCCCAGAGAUGCAACACAUGGUCCCGGCAGUGACCUUCACAACGCCGGGCAAGGAGGUCUACAGCUCCCCGCUACAAAGAGCUACCUCCAUCCAGCCAGGGGUUAGGAGUGGUACGACAGCCAUCAAACAUGUGACGACCUGCACCGACCGGCCGUGUUUUCCCGGAGUCCUGUGUGAAUCAGCCGUGGAUGGGGGUUUCCGCUGUGGGAGGUGUCCUGUAGGAUACACUGGAGAUGGACGAGCCUGUCGAGCUGUUUGCAGGCAUACGUGUGGUAGGAACAUGGAGUGUGCUGCACCCAACACAUGCCGCUGCAAACCAGGCUACACUGGAUUCGACUGUCAGACAGCAAUCUGUGAGCCGGACUGUAUGCACGGGGGUGUUUGCAUUGCUCCGGGUGUGUGUCACUGUCUCAGAGGUUUUCAUGGAGAAACCUGUCAGGAAGCUCUAUGCAGGUUACCGUGUGAAAAUGGAGGCACCUGUGUGGGACUGCAGACUUGUUCCUGCCCUUAUGGAUUUGUUGGACCUCGAUGUGAGACCAUGGUGUGUAGCCGUCACUGCCACAAUGGAGGCCAGUGUGUGUCUCCAGACGAGUGCAUGUGUCUGCCAGGCUGGACCGGACCGUCCUGUGAGACUGCUCUCUGCUCUCCCGUGUGUCUGAACGGAGGUUCGUGUGUUCGGCCGAACAUUUGCGAGUGUCCUCACGGUUUCUACGGUGCACAGUGUCAGAAUGCUGUCUGCAGUCCUCCCUGUAAGAACAGCGGCCUUUGUAUAAGGAACAACGUCUGCUCCUGUCUGCAGGGAUACACCGGGAAGCAAUGCGAGAAAAGUGUGUGUGAGCCCAUGUGUAUGAACGGCGGCAGGUGUGUCGGUCCAGAUGUUUGCGAUUGUCCGUCAGGUUGGCGAGGAAAGAGAUGUGAUAAACCCAGCUGUCUGCACAAGUGUCUGAAUGGAGGGGAGUGUGUGGGAGCCAACACCUGCCACUGCGCCCCGGGGUGGCAAGGCAUGCUGUGUCAGAUCCCUCACUGUGAACAGAAGUGUCUUUACGGCAGUCGAUGUGUCCGACCAAACGUCUGCGCCUGCCGGAGCGGAUACUCAGGUUCUCUUUGCUCCAGAAGGCUCCCUAUUGCCAAAGGUUGAGACCCACUUACAACCAACAAACACCAAACAGUUGGAGGUCAAUCAGCACCAAUAAAACCUUCAGGUGUGCUACAUAUGCAAUCUGCAGACAGGAAGUAUUACCUGAAUUUAAAAAUAAACUUAUGGUUCAUGAUCAGGACUUUACAAGCAGCUAUUUCAUUCAGUGGUCAGGCUGAUCAUUUAAAAGCUACAGUGGGGAAUCUUCUUCUCCUGGACAGAGUUGUUACUGUAAAUGCCAUCAUGUUCAGGUUCUACACUACAAACCCAAACCUCUGUAUGAGUAUUUAUUUAUUUGGUUGUUUUAUAUUGUCGCAUAUUUCUUGUUGUAUAUAUCUUAAUCACUGCAUAAUCGAUGUUAUUUCUUAUUAAAGCUUGUUUAUUGGUUGUUUUGUAAGAAAACAAAUAAAGAUCCUUUUACGGUUUUGA